AUGGAACCUGUCGAACUCCGUCAGGCUGCGCCCCCAGUCUCCCCGGCAGCGGAGAUGCUGAAUGUCUUGGGUGUUCCGGUUGAUAUCGGGCCUUGUCUCGUUGACUGGCUCACCAGAGAUGACCUAGAUCGACUCGAGUUGAUUUCGAAGAUAAGUGAGAGCGACUGGAAGUCUCUCAUCGAAACUAACUUGGCGCUUCAAGAAGGCGACGUGGGCAGAGACUUCCCACGGCUCGAUCCUGCUCGAGCACAAGCAGCCAAGUUGUUCGGGCUGGCUAUGUCUGACGAGGCUCGUCGUGUGCUAGAACAAGGAUACGCGCAGACGAAAGCUGCGACGGCCUCGCCGGAUUAUGGUGCAUUGAAUUUGGUCAGAACGGCCAAUGCGAAACUCGGCUACAUUAGUCCUGACCUCCUCCCCGAUGUGAGAGUCCUGAACAAUAUGAUUAAGUCGCCUGCAGCUUACGUUGAAUUCAAGAACUUCGACGAGUCCCAUGCAGGGACGGCAACGAAGCAACGCAUCCGGCCCACGGUAACUGGGUCAGUAGUAGUGGUUUUAGAGGAGGUGAAAGAGGGCAAGGACAAAGAGAAUCCUACCCCCAGGUUCAGCAUGGGCAAGUGGAUGAUGCAGUUCGCCAGAUAUUCAACUGCACUUAUGGUUGUAGAUCCUGAGUGCGCUCAGAAUAGCACCGUAUUUUCGAGGUAUCAACUAGAGAUUGGCUAUUUGGCUGAUGAGUCCUCUUGUCGCGAUGCUCUUGAGGCCGACGCUAAGCAUCGAAUGUCUAUCUCGAAGCGAGUUAUGUCGGUUCAGAAGUUUCUUUGA